AUGUUCAAGCGACUUCUUGUUGAGUCGGUAGCAGCAGGCCCGCACUGUCGAGCAGUAUGCACAAAUGCAGGGCGCGCAUGGAGUGAAGGAUUCGCGAUCCCGUCUCGCCACCAACUUCGAAGAUGGCUUGACCAUGAUCGACGACAGUUCUCUUGCGCACACUCAAGCCGACAACAUAUUGCUCCAACCGCGCGAGAUGGCUCAAUUCUCGAGGUGCCAGCAUCCUAUGCAUUGCACUCGGCUGAUCGAGCCAAGCGUCUCCCUACGGUGUGCCCCGGAUGCGGAGCGCACAGUCAGACAGUCGACGAGGCUAGCCCAGGGUACUAUAAUGUGCGACGGGGGAGAAAUCCUGUCAAGAAGCAGAAACCCGCUUCAGAAGAUGAGAUCUAUCAAAGAGCGCUUGUAAGCAACUCCGCGCUAGGCGGAAUCGAAGGCAUCAAUGACCCUUCAGUACCACCCUCACCUCCGCCUCGUGCAGUGUCUAUCUGCGAUCGCUGCCAUGAGCUCAUGUACCACUCGAAAGGGAAUUCGGUUGUUCAUCCGUCUAUGCAAAGCAUUCAGGCCAUCAUCGAGGAGAGUCCGCACAAGCACAACCAUAUCUACCACGUCCUAGACGCCGCAGACUUCCCGAUGAGCUUGAUCCCGAACCUGCAGCACGCACUCGACCUACCUCGUCUGCGAACACAGAAUCGUAGAUCGAAAAGUAUCCGCUACUUGCAUGACCGCGUUGCAGAAGUAAGCUUCAUCAUUACUCGAUCCGAUUUGCUGGCUCCGAACAAAGAGCAGGUUGACAGUUUGAUGCCUUACCUGCAGGAGGUGCUACGUGAUGCGCUUGGUCGAAGCGGUCGACGCAUCAGACUGGGUAAUGUGCGAUGUGUCUCCGCAAAGCGAGGAUGGUGGACUCGCAACGUCAAGGACGAUAUAUGGGCGAAAGGUGGCGCUGGUUGGAUGGUUGGGAAGACGAACGUAGGGAAGAGUGCACUGUUCGAAGCUGUCUUUCCAAAGGGGCGGAACCAGAACCAAGAUCUCAAUCCGGAUAGGCUCAGUCUAGACGAGGAAGACGCGGAUGAGGAAGUCUUGAUUGAUGCCGGUGACUUUUCUCUAUUACCGCCAAUGCAACCGGAGACGGCAUACCCAGUCAUGCCUGUCGUUAGCGCCUUACCUGGCACUACUGCCUCACCGAUCCGAGUACCUUUCGGUAACGGCAAGGGCGAACUGAUCGAUCUCCCGGGCGUCUACCGCUCUUCGUUGGAAGACCACAUUCAAGACAAGCAUCGCAAGGAGAUUAUCAUGCAGUCCAGGGUUGUGCCUGAGCAGUUCACUAUCCGGCCCGGGCAAUCGCUACUACUGGGUGGACUCAUACGCAUUACGCCAAAGCUAUCGGAAGGCCUGGUGAUGCUCGCCUAUCCCUUUGUGCCCGCGGCCUUCGAGCCGCACGUCACGGCUACGCAUAAGGCGGUUGCUAUCCAGACCGGCGUGUAUUCUGCAGACAGCAUAGACAAGGAAGGUGAGACGUAUACCGGCACGGUGACCAACAUUGCGAAGGAUGACGCUAAGAACCAGAUCGCUAACGCCGGCAACUUCGCGCUCGAAUGGAACAUCACCAAACGACGUGCUGGGCCCCUUACAGAUCGUGCGGCAGGCAAGCAAAAAGCGGAUAAUCUGCCUUUCAUCGUCUACGGCGCCGACAUCCUCAUCGAGAGCGUGGGGUGGGUGGAAUUGGUGUGCCAGGUGCGGAGACGGAGCGAGUCGUUGCUUUCUGCUGAUGCUCUCGGUGCGCUUGAGCUGGAGGCUGGCGGAGGAUCAACAAUACCGGAGGUAGAAGUUUUCAGUCCGGAGGGGAAGUAUAUCGGGGUGCGGAGGCCGAUGAGCGCGUGGUUGUUGGGCGGAAAGCGCAAGGUGGCGGUUCAUAAGCGGAAGGUGAGGCCGAGGAUGAGUAUUGGGAUGCUGAAGAGACGGCAGGGUGGGAAGGGUGCCGUGUUGGCUGAGUGA